AUGCGGCGAAGGGCGUGUAACGCGCCGCUGUUUCAGGGCAACGACUGCGGCAGCCCGUACGCCACCAAGGACUUCCUGCCGUACGUGCCGACCAUCAAGUCCGUCGACUUCGACGUCGACAACCCGAGGUUCGAGUUCGUGUAUGCGAAUAACUUGUGCUCGAUCGGCGAGGACCGUUGCGCGUGCGCGGAUGUCUCGCGUGAUUUGGAGGGCGAGAAGGCUUGCAAAAGUGCUUUUCCGCUGCCGGGGGAGGAGAAGCAAGGAGGAGUUGUUGCGGUUGGUUUCGGGUGGUGCGAUACAGAGCUUCCCGUGUUCACAUUCGUCUUGUAA